AUGUUUUUGAGAACUUUUCGAAGAAUGCCUGCUAUGUUGGCUUCGCGCCCUUUCCAAACAGCGUCUUUCCAAUGGAAGGUUUCAAUUUAUGAUUUUAAAAAAGUACAAGAAUUGAGUAAACGAGCCCAAGCUGAAAGCAAAAAUCCCAUUUUAAUUGAUGUUCGCGAGCCCGGCGAGUUUGAAGCAGGAUCCAUUAACACGGCAGUAAAUCUUCCUGUUGGUAAAUUAGAAGAUGCAUUAAAGCUGGGAGACAAGGAGUUUGUGGAUACUUAUGGCUUUCACAAACCUUCCAUUACGGACAGCGUUGUUGUUUACUGUCGUUCAGGCAAACGCAGUACGGCUGCUUCUAAGAUUUUGUCAGAGAAAGGUUAUGAUCAUAUUGGAAAUUAUACUGGUUCUUGGCUUGACUGGUCUGCCAAAAGUGAGAAUUGA